UGUUUUCAACUUUGCAACCCCACCCACCCCCACCCUUCUCUCUCACCUCACAUGCAUUCCGCAGAUGAUUAUGAAAUUUCUCCACCAAAUCUCAUUGCAAUUUAACUCCAAAUAAAUCAUCACAAUUAAUAAUAUCUCCACAUCGAUUCAACACACAACCAAAUCACCGAUCAGAUAUCUUCCUCUAAUUUCUAACCCUAAUUUCGAUCCUCAAGAAAAAAACUGGAAAACUUGUUGUUCAUAAGAGAUGUUGGUGGCGUUGAAUCGUAAUGGAAUUUAUUUCAUCAACUGUUUGUUUCAUUUUGCUGAAUGGCAUCCUUUGGAGUUCAGUGAGUUUGCAGAUUAAUUAGGGCUUGAUUGCCUCUAAUUCCGAUAAGUUUAUAGGAAUACUCAGGUGCAGGUGUGAUGGAGAUGGGAUGUUGCGGUUGUUUCGGAUUUUCAUUUGCAAAGAAGCAGAAGAAGAAUAUAAGCCCAAGGGUAGAAGCGGGAAAUCAUGUUUUACAGGGGUUGUUGAUAAAUCACGAGGCCGUCGAAGAAGAAGAAGAAGAAGAUGAUGAUGAAGUGGAUUAUAAUUCGUAUUGCGAUAACAUGACCGAUAAUGAAAAAGAUCAUGAGGAGUUCGUAAACCCUGCGAAAAACUCUCAAGAGAUUCUUGUUUAUAGAAUGGAAAACGGGUUGAUUUGCAGGGAGUUCCCCGUUAAAGAAACAUACAAAGUUGUCCGAUCAGAGGACGACAAUGGGAACAAGAUGGUUAAUGAGUAUCGUCGCGAGUGUAAAAUUGGCUCUGGUAGCUAUGGCAAAGUGGUCCUUUACAGAAGCCAGGUUGAUGGAAAACAUUAUGCUAUUAAGGCCUUUCACAAGUCUCAUUUAUUAAAGCUACGAGUUGCCCCAUCUGAGACAGCCAUGACCGACGUUCUUCGUGAGGUCUUAAUCAUGAAAAUGUUAAAUCAUCCAAAUAUAGUGAAUCUUAUAGAGGUGAUUAAUGAUCCCAACACAGAUCACUUUUACAUGGUUCUUGAAUAUGUUGAAGGCAAGUGGGUCUUUGAGGGUGCGGGACCCUCAAGUGGCGUAGGAGAAAAUGUUACAAGAAGAUAUUUGCGUGAUAUAGUUUCUGGUUUGAUAUAUCUCCACUCUCAUAAUAUUGUUCAUGGUGAUAUUAAACCUGAUAAUCUUCUGAUUACCGCUACUGGUACGGUGAAGAUUGCUGAUUUCAGUGUCAGCCAGGUUUUUGAGGAUGAAAAUGACAUGCUUCGCCGGUCCCCUGGGACUCCUGUUUUCACUGCUCCUGAGUGUUGUCUAGGAAAAAGUUAUCAUGGCAAAACUGCGGAUACCUGGGCAGUUGGAGUUACCUUAUACUGCAUGAUAUUUGGAAAAUACCCCUUUCUAGGAGACACACUACAAGAUACAUAUGAUAAGAUUGUUAAUGAUAUUGCGUUUCUCCCCGAGGAUAUGAAUCCCCUGCUCAAGAACCUUAUUGAGGGGCUUCUCUGCAAAGAUCCUAUGCAACGGUUGACUCUUGAAGCUGUUGCUUCGCAUGCAUGGGUCGUGGGAGAGGACGGACCAAUCCUGGAAUAUCUUUGUUGGUGUAGAAGGAACAGGUUACAGAGAAAAGAGUCUGGUGGGAGCCAAAGAGACAUUAUUAGCCAUAUAAAUUAAGGUAUUUUUGUUUUAUUGAGAUUUGUUUUUGUACAUUGAGAUCUUUCAUCAAUCAUGAGUUCAAAAGUGUAUCAAAGUUUUUGAAAGAUUACUGUUAAAUUCGAGUUUAUGUAAUUUGCGGGAUUCAAACAUUCGUUUGUAUCUCAUAUAGUUGAAGUUUAAACACAUAGUUUUGUUUUGAAAAA